AUGCGGGCUACUCUUGCUGCGACAAAUUUUUCACCGGCCGAAGUACCGUCGCUCUAUGUCCGACCCGAAAAAUCUCGAAACAACUCUUAUCGCAAAGGGAAUUUUGUCCAAGUGCCACGCAAAAGCGAAGAAAGUAAGAGUGAUGCUGGUAGCGAUCAAGAUCACCGCAGAACCUUCCGUAAGAGCAGCAUCAGAAAGUUCGGAAGCCUCUUCAGCCGCGACGGUGGUCUCCGCAGUAGCAUCGCUAGCAGUAGUCCGUUGGCGACAGUUGUGAACUCAGAGUGUGCGGACGACGAGGAAAGCGUUGAGACUGUGUGCAGCGUUCAACCAAUCACUACUGCCAGUUCCAUCGAGACCGUUAGCCCCAUAGGGCCAAUGAAGCUAGAAAAGAUUCGCGAGCGUCACCGAAAAUUCGCGCAACUCCAAGAACCUGGAGAUGACGACACCACCAUACUCACUGUCAAACCUGACGACUGUUACCAGUAUGAGUGCAACGAUACCGUCGACAGUCAGAAUGUCAGGGAAAAAUCUCAAAGAUGCAAAGAUACGCAUGUCGUCCAUGAUACUGCUCGCGCUCCACUAGGCAACCGUAACUACCAUCAGCACCACGAAUCUCUCCACGUAAAUCUUACACCCGAUGAUGUUGAGAGGUUCGCUAGCGAAAUUCGCAACAUGACCAUCGCAGAUGUGCACCUUUCCUUAUUCGGAUACUGGAUCAAGGAGAGUGAUGAGAACUUCAAAGAAGCGAAGAAGCACCUUCGAGAGCUAGGAGUCGACCGUGGCUACAACCUGUCUCGCCUCAACAAUCGCUGCUUAGAAGAGCUUUGCCGAGACGUCUUCGACGUCCGCCCAACGGAGUUUCGUACCACCGUGCUCAAGCAACAAGCCUCUAUUGAAGAAGCAAUGCUUUGGUGCUUGACGCAAACGCGCUCGUGUUCUCUGCCUAUCCUCCCGCGAGAUGAUAAUUUGCCGCCGUCGUUUCGCAGACAGAGGGAGCAAGUGAUUAGUGAGACUGCACAGAGGUCUAUAUCGCUCGGCUCUCCUGGUAGUUCGAUGGAUUACCCACCUAAUACUCCUGAUCGUCCUUUGCCGCUGUCUCCCCGCUCACCAAGCUCUACCCUAGGUUCGCCACCCCUCGCCCUAGAAUUCCCUGCCCUACACUCCGCUCCAGGGGCUUCAGAUGAUUUCUCCAUGCUGGAGUCAUACCGAGGAUCGUCAGAUAGUUCUUUGGACGGGACCUCGGACUGGGACCUCCGGGUAGCAGAAAUUUACGAGCAAGUGGUCUCUCUGAAGGAGGUCAGUCAGAUCGAUCAGGUUAUUGCAGACCUCCGGGAUUUGAAGGCCUUAUACUUCUCCAGGAAUAUGGAGAAGUGA